AUGAGUGGAGUGGUGUUGACUGAUUCACUGUAUUUUCCUUUUUUCUCUCUUUUCAGGGUAUUUAAGAAGACCAGUGGCAAUGGACAUAUUGCCCUGUACUUGGGGAAGAGAGACUUUGUGGACCAUGUGGAUUCAGUGGAAGUAGUUGAUGGGGUAAUUAAAGUGGACCCUUCUGGUCUUAACGGCAGAAAAGUAUUUGUCUACCUCGCUUGUGCCUUCCGCUAUGGAAGCGACGACUUGGAUGUCAUUGGGCUGUCCUUCAGGAGAGACAUCUGGGUACAGCGCGUUCAGGUGUAUCCACCUGCAGGUGGAAACACAACCAAAUCACCAAUGCAGGAAUCCCUCCUGAAAAAAGUUGGAGAGCAAGGAUGUCCUUUUUCAUUCCAGAUGCCAACAAAUCUCCCAUGCUCAGUCAGUUUGCAGCCUGGGCCAAAUGAUUCUGGCAAGGCCUGUGGCGUGGACUUUGAGGUUAAAGCAUACCUUGCCAAUGCACCUGACAGUGCAGAUGAGGUCAUUGAAAAGAAGGACACUUGCCGUCUGAUGAUUCGUAAAAUACAGUUUGCACCAGCUAACAACAAGGCCGGACCCAAGGCUGAUAUAUCCAAGCAGUUCAUGAUGACUGACAAGCCAGUUCACUUGGAGGCCUCCCUUGAAAAAGAGAUUUAUUACCAUGGAGAUCCAAUCAUCGUCAAUGUAAAAAUCAACAACGAAACCACUAAGGUUGUGAAGAAAAUCAAAGUUUCAGUUGAGCAGCUAACAAAUGUGGUCCUCUACUCAUCUGACACUUACACCAAGACAGUCUGCUCUGAGGAGUUUGGGGAGACGGUAAAUGCCAACUCGACAUUGGAGAAGUCUUUCCAAAUAAUCCCCUUGCUGUCCAAUAACAAAGAGAAACGGGGUCUUGCAGUGGAUGGACGGCUAAAAGAUGAGGACACCCACCUCGCAUCCACGACCCUAAGUCAAGGAGAAAAGGAGAUGCAGGGAAUCCUCGUCUCCUACAAAGUCAAGGUCAAUCUAAUGGUGUCCAGCGGAGGCCUGCUGGGUGGCCUAACAGGAAGCGAUGUCACUGUGGAGCUGCCUCUGGCUCUAAUGUCCCCAAAACCUGCAGGUGAGGCAGACAUCACAAUUGCAUCCAUGGAAGGAUGA